UAACCGCUAAAUGUUUGUUUUCAUUUUUUUUCUCAUCUCAAAAGUAACAAUUAACUUGUUUGAAUUUUUUUAUUAAUUAUAUUUAAUUUUUUCUUUGCACAAGUAGUAGUUAAUUGUAAUUAUGACAUCAACAAUUACCGCUCCGAUAGAUGAUAAAGGUGACGAUAAACCAGUGGAUCGGGAAAAGACUUGUCCUCUUUUGCUUCGAGUUUUCUUGGGUAAUGGUCGACAUCAUUCACCUGGUGAAUAUAAUCGAGGAAAUGUACCUUCUAAUGAGCUUCAAAUAUACACCUGGAUGGAUGCUAGUUUAAAGGAAUUAACUAAUUUGGUUAAAGAGGUUAAUCCGGAUGCUCGUAGGAAAGGUACAUGUUUUGAUUUCGCUCUAGUUUUUCCCGAUCUUCGGACUCCAGGCUAUCGAAUGAGAGACAUCGGUUCAACAUGUUCAGGUCAAAAGGGAAUCGAUGACACUAAAACUUUAGCUUUAUCAAGAUUUCAGAUCGGUGACUACCUAGACAUUGCCAUAUUUCCGCCUCAAUCUCGAGGACAACCAAGACGUGGUGGAGGUGCCGGCGGCGGAGGCGGAGGAGGAGGAGGAGGUGGUGGAGGUGUUACUGGCCGAGUAAUUUACUAAACACUCAUCACUAAUCAACUUCACUAGAAAUUUUUUCUCUUUUUCUAUCUCUCCUCUCACCUCUCUCACUUUUCAUCAUUUCUACCAAAAAAAAAAGGAUACAAACAAAACGAUUCUUGUGAUAAAUCAUAAGUUUAUAUUGAUUAUCGGACAAAAUUUCACUAAUUUAUCAACACCAUAGAUUGUCUCUGGCUGCAUAUGCAUUCAAAUUUGUGUAAUAAUUUUCAUUCUCAAUCCAAUUUAUCAAAAAAAAAAGCAACAAUCAACAAUCUUGUACAACAUUGAUAAACGAAAUCAUCACCAAUUGCUGAGUUCAUUAUAUAAUAAAUGAUUAACAAUUAGA